AAAGUGAGUCCCAAUCCCAACCCGGUUCAAAACACCGGAUUUUUCCCAUACCAAAGAUCCUCUUCCUUCCAGUCUCCAUUUCCAUCAUUUCAUUUCUUCACUGCAAAACUAACAAACCUCAACUCUCGCUCUCUUUUUCCUCCUCCUCCAGUCCAGAUCCCAACCUUUCCCAUUCCUCACCCUCACAUGCAUCACUAAUCCAACCAAACUCAACUCAAUCCAAACUAUUCUCUCUACAAUCAAUCAAUCACCACUCUCCGAUCUCCCUCUCACUAUAAAAACCAAUGUUCCCUCACUAAUCCCUUUCUCUCCCAUUCAAUAAUAAUAAUAAUAAUAAUCCACAAAUGGAUUCCCCACCUUCCCAACAAACGUGGGGAAGAUCAUCAUCAUCAUCAUCAUCAUCCCUUUCCACUGCAACACAUCUCAACCGUACAACUUCAUCACCUUCCUCAUCUUCUUCUCCAUCUUUCUCCAAAGAUUCAAUUCAAAGCCUCUCUUCCAUUCUCAACAACCCUCUCUCUUCAACCACCGUCUACCCUCCCGAAUUUUCCCCAAUCUCUUCUUCAAUCAAAGCCACCUCCGAAGUCACCCGAUCCGAUUUCAUCUCUUACCUAACAACCGUCUCCGAUCCUUUUCACCGAUUCGAUGACAUCCGUAAACACGCUACCAAAGAGAUCUCCGGUAACGACGUCGAUGGCUCCGGUGCCGGUCAAGCGCUUGUAGCUUGUUUACGUGAGGUUCCGUCGCUUUACUUUAAAGAGGAUUUUCGAUUGGAAGAAGGUGCUACGUUUCGUGCUGCGUGUCCUUUUUCUACGUUCAAUGAGAACGCUGUGUUGCAGGAGAAGCUUUCGCAGUAUCUUGAUGUGGUUGAGCUUCAUCUUGUUAAGGAGAUCUCGCUAAGGUCUUCGUCGUUUUUCGAAGCGCAGGGACAGUUACAGGAUCUUAAUGGUAAGAUCGUUGAAGGAUGUGCGAGGAUUCGUCAAUUGAAGGAUACCGUUCGGCUUAUUGAUUCCGAUUUGGUUGAGUCUGCUAGGCAGAUUCAGCAGCUCAAUGGCACCAGGACGAAUCUGUUGGCGCUUCAGCAGAAACUCAGACUUAUUUUAUACGUCAAUCAAGCACUCUCUGCUCUCAAAUUGCUUGUUACAUCUGCAGAUUGUGCUGGAGCACUGGACGUAACUGAUGAUUUGCAACAUUUACUGGAUGGAGAUGAGCUUACUGGCUUGCAUUGCUUUCGUCAUCUUAGAGAUCAUGUAACGGGAUUUAUAGAAUCCAUAAACAGCAUUCUUUCAGCAGAGUUUAUUCGAGCUUCUUUACACGAUGCUGCAGAAUCAGAUGCGAUAAUUUUAUCUAAAGCUAAAGCAAGAGCUUCCAUUCCCAUGAAUGGCAAAGAUGAAGUAAAGUUGGAAGAAGAAGAAGAAACAACUAAUUUCAAAGAUAGUCUUCUCCCUACAGUAAUUGGCUUGCUUAGAACUGCUAAACUUCCCUCUAUUCUGAGGAUCUAUCGAGACACACUGACUGCUGAUAUGAAGAGUGCUAUUAAAACUGCUGUUGCCGAGUUGCUUCCAGUUCUUGCUUCCCGAGGUUCAGAAUCAGAGUUCUUUUCUGGAGACAGAGCUGUAGAGGCAGAUGGUGGUGGUGCUUCACUUGCUAGCAAGUUAAGGAGUCUCUCGUCUGAUUGCUUUGUCCAUCUUUUGAGUGCUAUUUUCAUGAUAGUACAGGCACAUUUAGUGCGGGCUGCUGAAGUGAAAAAAGCCAUUGAAUGGAUUUUGAGCAACUGUGAUGGUCAUUAUGCUUCUGAUUCAGUUGCAGCUGCAAUUGCUCAUGGUGCUGCAGCGGCCGAAAUAUCCCAAGAUAGUGAGGUUCAUGGUACUAUGUUUUUGCCAUAUUCACCGCAAAGAAAUGUUGCCAAGGGUCCCUCUUUUCAGGGAAAAGUAAUUGAUGCUUCAAGCUCCUCAAACAUGUCAAAAAAUUUCAGAGCUGAUGUAUUGCGAGAAAACGCAGAAGCUGUCUUUGCAGCAUGUGAUGCUGCUCAUGGAAGAUGGGCAAAGCUUCUGGGGGUCCGCGCCGUUCUCCAUCCUAGGUUGAAACUGCAGGAGUUUCUAACUAUUUACAACAUCACCCAUGAGUUCAUUACAGCUACGGAAAAAAUUGGUGGAAGAUUGGGAUACAGCAUCCGUGGGACACUGCAGUCACAGGCCAAGGCUUUUAUUGAUUUCCAGCAUGAUUCUCGGAUGUCAAAAAUUAAGGCUGUGCUUGACCAGGAAACUUGGGUGGAGAUAGAUGUUCCUGAUGAAUUUCAAUCCAUUAUCAAUAUGCUUUUUUCAUCGGAUUCACUGUCUUCUGGGAACCUUAAUGGUGUUGAAGAAGAUAAUUCAAUCAGUUACCAUGAUAUGGCGACAAACAAUGAUGCUCGGCCAAUGGCAGACACUGGACAGUCAAAUGCUGAACAGAAUGUGGAGCAGACUGAUUUCACGGAAGAAUCUAAGAAACCAAAUAGAGGUCAUAGUAAAUCGCUAGAGAGUAUCAGCACCGAAAAAGAUCAUAAGAAGUCUGCAUCUCAGGCUCUUUUUUACAAAGGUGUUGGUUAUCACAUGGUAAACUGUGGCUUGAUAUUGCUGAAGAUGUUGUCAGAAUAUAUUGAUAUGAACAACCUUUUGCCAACACUAUCGUCAGAAGUUGUUCACCGUGUGGCAGAAAUCUUGAAGUUUUUCAACACAAGAACAUGUCAACUUGUGCUAGGGGCUGGUGCAAUGCAGGUGUCUGGUUUGAAGUCCAUCACCUCUAAACACCUUGCGCUGGCAAGUCAAGUCAUUAGCUUCAUACAUGCUAUUAUUCCCGAAAUUCGGCAGAUUCUUUUUCUGAAAGUACCGGAGAGUAGAAAAUUGCUAUUGCUUUCAGAGAUUGAUCGAGUUGCGCAGGAUUAUAAAGUCCAUAGAGAUGAAAUACAUACUAAAUUGGUUCAGAUAAUGCGAGAAAGAUUAUUAGUACAUUUGCGUGGGUUGCCUCAAAUUGUUGAGAGUUGGAAUAGACCUGAGGAUGCUGAUCCCCAGCCCAGUCAAUUUGCUCGGUCCCUUACAAAGGAAGUUGGAUACCUCCAGCGUGUUCUAUCUCGAACCUUGAAUGAAGAAGAUGUUCAGGCAAUUUUCAGGCAAGUGGUGGUUAUCUUCCACUCACAAAUUUCAGAAGCAUUUUCAAGAUUUGAUAUAAGCACUUCACAAGCACAGAAUAGGUUAUAUCGGGACAUCAAACAUAUUCUCCAAUGCAUACGGUCAUUGCCAUCGGGUGAUUUAAAUAAAUCUGAUACCCCUAACUGGGGUCAGCUCGAUGAAUUCUUGGUGCAAAGAUUUGGGAAUGCUGCUGUUCAGUAAACUGUAUUGUAAAGUAAGAACUCAUCAUUGGUUUUGUGGGAAGGCUAACCUACUUUAGAGGAUGUGAGGGUGAUUUAAACCUUCUUCACUCUGCAUUUUUGUGUAACACUAAGUUGAGGCCUUUGGUAGAUAUACAAGGUAAUGUAUCAUUUAUGAGCAUUGUGUAGUCGUUAUUGGUCAUUUUGCAGAAGUUUUGUAGCAGUCACUGUUGAUAUUCAAUUCUUGGUUGCUGUCUCAUAAUUGUAAUGUCAAGCUGAAAAUAGAUAUGAAUUAGUAAAUGAGUGAAUUUUCUUCUUCUUAUUCUCUUCAUUACAGCCAUGAAUAUUAAUGCAUCAAUGUGUACAUGAUUCGAGAUAAUCUAUAGUGAGAUUCCUAAACUGUGUGCUGUUCGAGAGCAUACUUUGGUUCCCUUAAUAAAGAAACCCCCUUGGUAUUCAUUGAGUAA